AUGUCUCCACAUCCCUUAAUUUUGACUAUUAUUAGUAUUGUUUGUACUGUGGGAGUUUCAGCUCGUAAAAGUGAAUUGGUAACAUGUGGCAGUGUUUUAAAAUUAAAAAAUAUUGAGUAUAAUGUUCGACUUCACUCACAUGAUGUUAAAUAUGGAAAAGGAAGUACUCAGCAGUCAGUCACAGCAAUUGAACAAAUGGAAGAUGUGAAUUCCCAUUGGAUCAUUAAAGCACCUACAAAGAAAUUAUGUCCUCGCGGGGAGCCAAUAAAAUGUGGAGAUAUAGUACGACUCGAGCAUCUUUCAACUUCAAAAAAUCUUCAUUCUCAUCAUUUUCAGUCACCAUUAUCUGGAUAUCAGGAAGUUUCUGCUUUUGGAACUAAUGGUGAUGGUGAUAGUGGAGACCACUGGUCAAUCAUUUGCGACGGCAAUGUUUGGGAACGUGAUGAUGAAGUAAUGUUAAGACAUGUUGAUACAUCUGUGUAUCUAUCUGUAAGUGGUGAACAAUAUGGGCAACCAAUUAGUGGGCAGAUGGAAGUUGUUGGAACGCCUCGUGCAAUGGCUUCACAGUGGAAAGCUGCCGAAGGACUUUAUGUACAUACUAGUGACUUCAACCCAAAAGAAAGUAUUUUAAGUCAUUCCCAUACAGAGUUAUAAGUCCUUUUUUAGGUUGUAACUUAUUUUUUUUGUGAAUUUGUAUUCAUUUAAUUAUAUUCAGGAUAUAAAUUUAUAUAUUUGGUUUUGAAACCACACAUUUGCUGUUCAUUAGCAGAGCAUAAUUUACCA